UCAGCCUAACAUUUGUCAACUUCCCGCGUGUCUGAAAUACAGCAAUGUUUGCAACGUUAGUAAUGCGCUAACUGCUGUCCCCAAUUGUCACAGUUCAUCCUCCAUAUAAUUCAGGCCUAUUAUUCAUGAUGAUUAGAUGUUCCUUCUAAUUAACUUCAAAUGGCUUAAAAGCCAAAAGAUUAUCCUAGAAAAUGACCGACGCACCAGCCAAGCCCUAUAACGUCGUCUGCAGGAAUUGGAGAAAUGCUACAGCAGCGGAACUUCGUGAGAUGUGCCCACAGCAAAAGGCCCGUUAUUUGGCUUAUGAGGAACCACCUAAGGAGGCGCAGGGUGUGAUGGCUGUAGCGCGGCAGAGGGUGUGUGCCAGGCUGACUGAGUGUAAAGGCAGACAGGCCACUGAGAAUGCUGCGCAACAGUCAGAAAGAGCUAGGAGAGACACAAUAAUCGGUCAACUGAAGGCUGCAGAGGCGCGCAACAGGGUUUGCCUUUUGAGGCUGCGUCACCAGAACAUCAGGAACCAAGAUAUAAGUCUGAUGAUCGCCUGUCAGCCCACUGCUCAGAGGGCUGUACGGCUGGAGCUUUUACUGCCACAAGAAGAGACAGGACUCAAUGUUCAGGAUCCUUUUGACAAACUCCAGAGGAAGAGGGUUGAGCAGCUACUGGAUAAGAGCUUGGGAACUCUGGAAAGAAGGUGGUGAUGGGAUGAUAAAUCUGAG